UCUAACAUUAUCCUUUCGCUGUCAUUUGACAACAACAAAGAACGAAGAUGAAGUGGCUGCUCUUUGCAUUUGCUUGCCUUCAGGUCUCUGAGUGCAUUGUCAGAGUGAAACUAUUUAAGGGUAAGUCAGUCCGUGAUAUCUUGGAAGAACGUGGUCUACUCAAGGGCUUUUUAAAAGAACAUGGACGCAAUCUGUAUUCGAAAUACCUCAGACCAUCCCAGGUGGACACAUCAGCUGCGACAGAAUCACUCAUAAACAGCCUGGAUCUGUCAUACUUUGGAACAAUCAGCAUUGGGACUCCACCUCAGAGUUUCACCGUUAUAUUUGAUACUGGCUCUGCAAACCUUUGGGUUCCCUCUGGUUACUGUUCUAGUCCAGCAUGCAAUGAUCAUCGCAAGUUUAAUCCACAAGCGUCCUCAACAUUCCAGCUUUCAAACAGAUAUGUUUCCAUUCAAUAUGGUACAGGCAGCAUGACUGGUGUUCUGGGAUAUGAUACAGUCAGAGUAUCCAGCAUUGAUAUCACCCACCAGGAAUUUGGCUUAAGUACAAGAGAGCCUGGAUCUUUCCUUUACUAUGCCAGGUUUGAUGGAAUUCUGGGAUUGGCGUAUCCAAAUAUCGCUGCAUCGGAUGCCACCACUGUCUUCAAUAACAUGAUGUCUCAACAUCUGGUGGAGCAGCCUCUGUUCGCUUUUUACCUGACCAGGCCAGAUGGUGAGUCUGGAAGCGAAGUUGUAUUUGGCGGAAUUGAUCCAAAUCAUUACAGAGGUGAAAUUAACUGGGUUCCUCUCACAAGGGAAGGAUACUGGCAAAUCCUGGUGGACAGUGUGAAAAUCAAUGGCCAGGUAGUGGCUUGCCAAGGAGGCUGCCAAGCCAUCGUCGAUACUGGAACUUCUCUGAUCAUUGGACCACAGUCACCCAUCCAGACAAUUCAGACCCAGAUUGGUGCAUAUUUUGAAUAUUAUUCUACGCAUGGUGUGGACUGUAGAAAGUUACCCCGCAUGCCUUAUGUGACAUUCACCAUCAAUGGAAUUGACUACCCACUUUCUCCUUCUGCUUAUGUGCUCCAGAGAAAUGUCAAUGGUGCAGAAAGUUGUAUGAGUGGAUUCAGCUCCAUGGCUCUUUCUAACGAAGAACAGCUCUGGAUUCUUGGGGAUGUCUUCAUUGGAGUCUAUUAUUCCAUUUUUGACCGAGGAAACAACCAAAUGGGCUUUGCCCAGGCCGUCUAAUGUCUUCAUUCAUGACGUUGUUCAAUUUGUUUUCCCCACCACUCCCCAAAUCAGAUUUCCAAUUUUUUCUGUCAUUCCUCACAAUUCCCUACUAUAACAGCUGCCGGCAAUAAUUAAAAAUGUUCUCAUUAAACAUUUCCAAGGUUAUAUAAUGAAGUAAUUAUCCUGAGUGUUUAACAUUGAACUUAGGGCCAUAAGUUUUCAAAACAAAC